UAAUCACAUUCAAAUUAUACACUCCCGAAUAAAUAAUUUCCUUGACAACUAGUAUACUACUAUUCAGGAACUAAGCAAUUUUGAACCGAAAGAGGCGUAUAUUAUAAAAUAAUGCAGCGACAGGACUAACCAAAGCCGGUUUGGUUAUUGCGGUUAUUACAGUAAUCAAAUCAAACCCGGUUGCGAGUGGAGGCGAGAGCACUAAACGACGGUGAAUUUGAAUUAGGGCUUUACUAUCUAGUCGUUCGUGUUUGUUUUCAAUCAUCAAAAUUUCAAAUUGAAGAGUUAAUUGCUUGGUUCUCGUGGAAGUAUAAGUCAAAUUCGUCUUCUUCAAUCUCCGAUUCUUAGACAUGACUGAGUAUUGGGUUAGUCAAGGCAACAAAUGGUGUGACUUUUGCAAAAUCUACAUAUCAAAUAAUCCUUCCAGCAUCAGGAACCAUGAGCUUGGCCAACGUCAUAAGGAUAAUGUUGCCAAGAGGCUUGCUUCUAUGAGAAAAGAGAAUGCUGCCAAGGAGAAGCAACAGAAGGAAGCAGUCCGCGCCAUUGAGCAAAUCGAAGCUAAAGCAAAGCGCAGUUAUCAGAAGGAUAUAGCGAAUUUUGAGGAGACCAGUACUGUCCAUGCGUUAGAUAUUCAAGAGGAUGGUCAACAGGAGUGGGAGUAUGACAGCACUUCAGGCUACUACUACAGCCAGAGCAAUGGGUUGCAUUAUGAUCCAAAAUCAGGUUUUUAUUACUCUGAUGCUGUAGGCAAGUGGGUAACACAGAAAGAGGCAUAUGCUUCAGUUCAAGGUUCAUCAGAUUCCAAGCAUAAAGAAUCAAUUUUGAAAAAGCCUUUAUUGAUGUCAGCAGCAGGUUCAGCGAAGGAUUCCAAAAGUGCUGCUCAAAAUGGGCCGCCACCUGGUCCAGUUGUCGCAGCUUCUUUGAACCCCAUGAGAUCUGUUAAAGGUGCUACUUCAGCAGUUGCUGUUAACAAGAGAAAGAGGCAGGAUGAGAAGCCAAAGGUAAUAUCUCAAGAAGAAAAAGCUGCACUUAAAGCAAGGGAGGCUGCAAAGAAAAGAGUUGAGGAGAGGGAGAAAAAUUUGCUUGGACUUUACAAACGCUGAUUUGGAGCACAAACAAGAAAUUUCAUCUCCUAAACAUGAGGGAUAUGGCGAAUUGUCUUACAACAGAUAACCAAUGGUGGCACCUAUAUUUGGAAUCUACAUAUUACACAAAGGGAUUGUCCAAACUCUGUAAGUGUUUUGAACUCUAAUAUGAUGCAUUGUCCGUUGCUGUAAUUGAUAGAUAUUAAUUUAUAUGGGACGAUGGUGAGGAAACAAAAUUGUGUACUGUAUGCAAUUGCUCUUGUUCUAAUUGAACAGCCGCAUUAUGAAACUCGAUCAUUUUUUUUUUUUUUUUUUUGAA